AUGAAAUUCUUCAGUUACAUUUUCCCUUUUGCCCCUUCGGUAUCACCCCAAAGUUCGCCCAGGCUCGAAGAGCAACGACCACUGGCAGAUACCUCUGACUCGCCACCUCCAUAUGUAUCACUCUACCCUAACAAGAUUGCAAUCAAUUCAGAGUCUCAAUCACAUUAUCAUCUCGAUCAAAAAUCUCAACAAGCAAGACCUUUCCCUAAAGAUUGGCAAACUUCAGUAGGACCCACGAAUAGCGUCUUACGUGGUACGGCUAGACCGGAUGAGAAUGUAGGCCGAAGAGAUGAAACAACAGCAUAA